CACACGCACACAUACACACGUUACACACACUGUAUGUACUCCCUCGUUUUCUUUUUCACGAUCGAGGAAAUUUGGUGAUCUCGUUUUUCGACGAUAUCGGACGUGAAUAAUUUUCGGCUCGCCGCUCGUACAUUUACACGUACACUCACACAUAUGUGCUCGUCAAAGUGAAACCAAAGGACUGUCGACCAGGAGGCGAGCAUAAAUGCCGAUUUACGAGCGCUCGCGUCGUACUUUUCUUUCAUUGAUUUCCCCUUCUGUUCCGGGCGGCGGUGCGAGAGCGUGAUAGUAGGUGCACGUAAAGAGAGAGUCAGAGAGAAGAGCAGGGACCGGCACGAUUCAUCGACCAGUCGUGUAAUAGUUGCACGUUGCUCGGUUUCGCGUGCGAUUGAAAAGAGUUUUCGAAGGAAGGAAAAGAAAAGAGGAAAAGUAACGUGGAGAGAGGGAGAGAAAAGAAGUACGGGAAGAGAGAGUGUCGCGUCUCGGGAAAAAAGAAAGAAAAGGUGUUUUCUGUGUUUAUUGUGUGGAUGUGUGUCGUGUGCCCUCGCGUGCAUCGAUAAAAAGGUGGAUCCUGUAAAGACAGUGGAGAAAAGAUUUCGUACGUAGUUAGAAAGGACCCGGUUGAAGAGUGCAAUGAUGGCGAACGGAAUGGACACAGUCGUACAACAAAAUGGUGGAUCCACCCUCGGACAGGCUUCGCAGGAAGAGUCGAAGACGAAUCUCAUAGUAAAUUAUUUGCCACAGAGUAUGACACAGGAUGAGAUUCGAUCCCUGUUCUCGAGCAUCGGCGAGGUUGAGAGUUGCAAGUUGAUUCGUGAUAAACUCACCGGUCAGAGUUUAGGUUACGGUUUCGUUAACUAUCACCGGCCUGAGGAUGCUGAGAAGGCGAUAAACACGCUCAACGGUCUUCGUCUGCAAAAUAAAACGAUCAAGGUAUCGUACGCGAGACCGAGCAGCGAGGCGAUCAAAGGCGCAAACUUGUACGUGAGCGGUUUGCCGAAGAACAUGACGCAACAAGAUCUGGAGAAUCUAUUCAGCCCGUACGGCAGAAUCAUCACGUCGCGGAUACUUUGCGACAACAUCACCGUACGACAGUUUGUGACCGGCGGCGGAGACUAUUUGCCCGAGAGGAUGGAUCCGUUGAAUAACUUGAACCGAUUACCGACAGGAUUGUCGAAAGGGGUCGGUUUCAUAAGGUUCGACCAGCGGGUCGAGGCCGAGAGGGCGAUCCAAGAAUUAAACGGUACCAUUCCGAAGGGCUCGUCCGAGCCGAUCACCGUCAAGUUCGCCAACAAUCCGAGCAACAACAACAAGGCGAUACCGCCGUUGGCCUAUCUGACGCCGCAGGCGACCCGACGAUACGGCGGCCCAAUCCACCAUCCGACCGGCCGCUUCAGGUACAUUCCACUGUCGCCACUAUCCAGCACUGGCAAGGCCAUGCUUGCCAUUAACAAAGGCUUACAGAGUAGGUACAGCCCGCUGGCAGGCGAUCUCUUGGCAAACUCGAUGCUACCCGGGAACGCGAUGAAUGGUUCCGGCUGGUGUAUCUUCGUGUAUAAUCUCGCCCCAGAGACCGAGGAGAACGUGCUGUGGCAGUUAUUCGGUCCGUUCGGCGCCGUCCAAUCGGUCAAAGUGAUCCGCGACCUGCAGACGAACAAGUGCAAAGGCUUCGGUUUCGUGACGAUGACCAACUAUGACGAGGCGGUGGUCGCCAUCCAGAGCUUGAACGGUUACACGCUCGGUAACCGGGUUCUCCAAGUGAGCUUCAAGACGAACAAGAGCAAGGCGGCGUAGGACGACAAGCAACAGCAUCACGAUCACCACCACCACAACCACCACCACCACCACCACCACCACCAUCGUCGGGCAGCGGG